AUUGGCUGUCGCUCUGUCCGUCACGCAGGCGGCGCGCAGGGGCGGGGCGGCUGGAUGGGGAGCGGAGCGGCGCGGUAGUGGCGGCGGCGGCGGCCGGGCCAGGUUUUCAGGAUGAAUCUGGAAAAACUCAGCAAACCAGAACUCCUGACCCUGUUUAGCAUUCUUGAGGGGGAAUUAGAAGCAAGAGAUCUUGUCAUAGAAGCUUUGAAGGCCCAGCACAGAGACACCUUCAUUGAGGAGCGCUAUGGGAAGUACAACAUCAGCGACCCACUAAUGGCUUUGCAGAGAGAUUUUGAGACUCUGAAAGAAGGAAAUCACGGUGAAAAGCAGCCAGUAUGCUCCAAUCCCUUAUCCAUCUUGAAAGUGGUGAUGAAACACUGCAAGAACAUGCAGGAGAGGAUGUUAUCCCAACUGGCUGCUGCCGAGAGCAGGCACAGAAAGGUGAUCCUGGACCUGGAGGAGGAGCGGCAGCGGCACGCCCAGGACACGGCAGAGGGCGAUGAUGUCACCUACAUGCUGGAGAAGGAGCGGGAGAGGCUCACCCAGCAGCUGGAGUUUGAGAAGUCCCAAGUGAAGAAGUUUGAAAAGGAACAGAAGAAGCUGUCGAGCCAGCUGGAGGAGGAAAGGGCACGGCACAAGCAGCUCUCCUCCAUGCUUGUAGUGGAGUGCAAGAAAGCCACUGCCAAAGCAGCUGAAGAAGGGCAGAAGACAGCAGAGCUGAGCUUGAAACUGGAAAAGGAGAAGAGCAAGGUGAGUAAACUGGAAGAGGAGCUGGCGUCCAAGAGGAAGAGGGGCUUGCAGAUGGAAGCACAAGUAGAGAAGCAGCUCUCAGAGUUUGACAUUGAAAGAGAGCAGCUGAAAGCCAAGCUGAACAGAGAGGAGAACCGUACCAAAGCUCUCAAAGAGGAGGUGGAGUGUCUGAAGAAAGUCCUCAAAGAGCUGGAGGCUUCUUGCCAGGAGCAGAGUCCUCCCGAGCCUUCGCAGCCAAGCCCCUCGCUGAUGUCCAGAGGUGUCACAACUGAGAGCCCUCCGGUGAGGUCUGUGUCCUGCCAGACCGAGGGCUUGCAGGCAGUGCCUGCCAGUGCCGGCAGAGCUGCCCAGGCCGUGCCCAGCCCCACUGCACCUCCUCUCUCCUAUGCAAAAUCCAACGGGCACUGUGAGGGUGAGGCGCAGGCUGGCAGCGAGCCGCUGCCGCCCAGCCCAGCGGAGGGCCAGGCGCAGAGGGAGAAGGCUGCAGCUGCAGCCUGGGACGGCGCAGUGGAGAACGGCUCUCCCGUCCGGACCGAGUCCCCCGUGCCCCUGGCGGCCCAGCUCUCCUCCGGCAGCGCCUCCCUGUCCCCCAGCAGCACGGCUGCCUCCUCGCUGACUCCUUCUCCCUGCUCCUCCCCGGUCCUGACCAAGCGCUUGGCGGGAGGCUCGGCCAGCAGCCCUGGCUACCAGUCCUCCUACCAAGUGGGCAUCAACCAGCGCUUCCACGCCGCUCGGCACAAGUUCCAGGCGCAAGCCGAGCAGGACCAUCAGGCGAGCGGGCUGCAGAGCCCUCCCUCCCGGGACCUCUCUCCCACUCUGGCAGAUAACUCCGCUGCCAAGCAGCUGGCACGCAACACGGUCACGCAGGUGCUCUCCAGGUUCACCAGCCAGCAGGGGGCCAUCAAACCUGUGUCCCCCAACAGCUCGCCCUUUGGCACGGACUACCGCAGCCUGGCAAACGCUGCCAGCCCCAGGAGCGACUCUGGCCACUCCCCGAGCCCUGCCAAGGUUUCCAGCCCUCUGAGCCCGUUGUCUCCCGGAAUUAAGUCGCCAACCAUUCCCAGAGCAGAAAGAGGGAACCCUCCACCCAUCCCUCCAAAGAAGCCUGGCCUCGCUCAGUCGCCUGCUGCUCCCACUGCUCUCCCCAAAACCUCUGCCCAGGGACCCUCCCUGGGUGCCUCCAUGGACGUGGCCAGCAGCUGCUCUAACACUACUGUGGUGUCAAACGGCAAAGACCUGGAGAUCCUCCUGCCAACCAGCAGCUAGUCUCCAGGGACAGGGAUGUGACAUUCCACAGCUUAGCCUCCUACAGCUCAGACACUGUUUGAUUUCCACUCCAGUUAAUUUAUUUCCAUAGGAGCAGAUUCUGUCUGUAUAAAGCAUUUAGUAUAUUGGGGUUGGGUUUGGGGUUGUUUUUUCUCCUUUUGGGUUUUUCUCUUUGUGGUAGGAAGGGAACUAUUUUUUGGUGUGGAAGAAAACCUUACCUACAGCUUAUACAGCAGCCUCAGAAUGUCUCUGGCAGCAGCCAAAUCGUUAGGGAUAAGGAGAACCAUGAUCAAGUGGUGGGACCUAACUCAGCCUCUGAUGGGACUGAACUGCUGCUUUUAUAUUAUGCAGAAAUCACUUUUGCAGACUUUUGGGGUUGUUUUGGUGUUUUUAACUCCAGAUGAACCUUCUCUAACAAGUGCCUGAACUAAGCCUGUGAUCUGAAUGUGAUUCUCUCAGCACGGUGAGGGGUGGGGACCCUCCAGCUGCAGAAAGGAGUUCUCCUCUGAGUCCUGAAUGCUGAAGCCAGCCCUGGGUUUCUUCUGCAUUCUGGCAAUCUGCUGAGGUGAGUUUAGCAAAUGUGCUGCCAGCUCUGGGAGGUGAGUGCCAUGCUGAGGCUUGCAGCUACCCUUCAGCCUGCAGGAGGUGGCUCCUGGCUCUCUGAGGAAGCACACACAAGUUUCUUGGGGUAGAACUGAGCUGUGCCACAGCCCAGGGCACUUUCCUCUCGGUGUCCAUCGUCCAUGCAGUCCUUUUGCCUUCCCUAUAAGGCUCUGCAGAGGUGCCUGUGUGCCCUGGGUGGCUGAACUCUGGCUUCUGCUUCAUCACCUCCAAUUUCCAAGCUCUUCAAGCACUCUACUAUUGUGUGAACUUCUGAGAGAAGGAUUUUGCUGUUACUUGACAGAGGUCUUGCUAUUACUUGAAAAAAGCCCCAGCCAUCACUCCUCCACGUGGCACAGGAUUUUACUCCCAUGGGAUCUUCUGCUCCAAACAAAAGCAAUAAUCUUGUCCCUUCCUCAGCUCUCAGUUGUGUGCAGCUGAGCUGGAUUUUCCCCCACCAGUGAGCUCUGGGAUCUUGGCUGCAAAUAUGGAACCAAACCCUUGCUGUUGUGUGGUUGGACUGUGUGUUUCUAAGUGGUUUCACACCAAAUACACAGUGUAGUAGGAAAAUCCUGAGCUAUUCUCAAUGCUCUGCCUAAUAGGAAGAAAAUGUGGGAGUUUGUUGAGGUUAAGUGAAAGACUUUGCAAGGAGCUGGCAAAGUUUGAGGCAAUUCUUGUGUGUGAAAAAUGUCUUGGGCCCAAGAGGGGAGGAGCAGCUGAUGGCUGUGCCGAAGGGUUUGUGCUGGCUGAGAGGUGCUGCCUGUCACUGGUGGCAUGGCUGGUUUUGAGCCAGUACUGAGGAGAGCUGGGCUAAGGCAGCCCAGGCCAGGGACAGGGCUGGGAGCACAGCCCCCAGGGUCCUGCUCUUAAGUGGGGCUUAGGAACUGAUCUGAUUUAGAUUCUCAGUGUAGAAGCUGCUCGGUGUGGGUUAAGGUCCAGCAGUGCCCUCUGCAUCAGGGUCACUUUUGCAGCUCCCCACUGCCAGAGCCACUCUGUCCUGCCUGGUUUCUCCAUGUCUCACUGGACAGAACACUUCCACCUUGGUGGAACAUCCUGCAGCUGGAGGGUGCACCACUGCACGUGGCCUGGAAGGUUCCUUCUGGCUUUGAGCCUGGUUCUGGGGGACAUCAGAGCUUGUGUGCUGCUUUGGGGUGGCUGUUGUGUGAGGUGACCCUGCUGUCCUGUCCCAGAACAAGAGGUUUAGAGAGGCCUUUUGGUAGCCUUUUCAAAUCACACUGUGAUUGCUGUGCUGCUGCUCCUGCUCCAGUGGAACAGGCUGUGUGUGAGACAGGCAUUGAGAGAGACCUGGGCAGCAGCUUCUGGAAGCACAUCUAUCACUUUUGUUUGAAGUCUUCAGAGCAGACUUCUUCCUCCUGAGGAGAGGAAACAGAAAAUCUGACAGGCAGGUGGAUUUUUGGCCCCUGUAUCACCUGGGACUCAAACGUGAGGCUUUUGUAUACACUGCUUUAAGGUGUUUCUUUGCUUUUACAUUAAUCUAAGAGGUAUUAGCCCCUUUCUUUAUCCAUAGCUCUAGAGAGGUGCCCUCUGGUGAAGUCUGUUAGGAGAUGCACUGAGUUCUGUUCUUCUCCAGUCAGGGGGGAUGCAGAGGAAUGUAUUUUUUUGCUAGUAGCUGAUCAGAGAGAAACUAAGCACAAAGGUAUUCAGAUGGAUCCAGCUAAUUCAGUAAGACAUUUAGGGUUAGGAUUUAACUGUUGAUGUAGAUUCUGUGUGGAAGCAACUAAGUAUUUCUUCUCUCAACUGCCACCUGUCAGAAGCAGAUGUGGCUGCAGAGUUUGUCACUGGCUAAUGGAGUCUGAUGAAGUGCAAAACGUACACACUAAGUAUUAACUCAUUAACACCUGUAAAUUUGUAAAGCCAAAUGUACCAAGCUGAAGUCUUUAAUCGUUUUUUUAUAGCUGAUGGCAUUAAACAUGUUACACAUUCAUACUAUCAAUAAAGGAUUUUAUUUUUCAGAUGUGCAAA